UGGUGCUGAAGGCAAAUAUUGAAAGGGAGGUGGAGACGAGGUUUUUGGUGAGCUCUUAUUGGACAAGAGAUGCUGCUGAAGGGAGACUGGCUGAGGGGGGGCUUGUAUUUAACUCACUGGACCCUUGUUGGCCCAGAGAAGACAGCCUGAGCUGGUUGAAGAUGGUUUCGUCGUUAUGCUUGCUGGGGCCCGUUUGUUUUUUGCUUCUCCCAGGCCUCCUGGAUGCCAAAUCUUUGCUGAAGGCCAUCAAGCAGGAAGAGAUGGUUCCCGUGGGUGAUGUCAGCAUCACCUCAGAACGAGCAAACGGCUUCCUCACCCACUCUAGACCCAAGAGGAACGUGGACGCCAGGUGGUACAGAGGAAACCCGGACUUUCAGUCCUACUACAGAUACUACAGCAGCAUCGGACACACCGAGGGGCUCUAUGAGAUCGACAAGCUGAGGAUGCUCUACCAGCAGAUGCGGUACCUUGAACACGCCUAUGGCCCAAACGCCUCCUAUUUCCAGAGCAAACUGGGCGUGCCGAUGAUCAUGUGUGACCCAGUUACAGAUAAGAGGUGCAAAGAAGCUCCUCCUCCUGCAAUGAAAGGUGUUCCGAAGGCCACAGAUCCUCCUGCCACACCUCCUCCUCUUCCUCCUGCUCCAGCAAUCUCCCAGGCAGAUGUACUCUUCCUGUGCAACAACAAGGACCCCCUCUGUAAGCCCCACAUCGUCUACAUGCCCACCGGCGCUGUGCCCGUGCUGUGUGACCCUCGCUACCACCCCCACUGCACUCCCCAGAAGGCUCCGCCUCCCCCUGUAGAAGUAUUUAAGUCUGCUCCUCUUCCUCCUAUGAAAAAAUUCUCCCCGCCUCCUCCGGUCCUGGUCAAGAAGACUCCCCCGGCCUCCAUCCGCACCUUCAAGGGCAUGGAGUAUGACUGCGACCCGUACUGGGACCCCGACUGCCUGAUCGACCACCCACCCAGGCCUGUCAAGGGGAAGAUCCUGGUCCCCCCACCGCCACCACCCCCUCCUGAAGAGGAGGAAGAGGAGGAACCUGUGGAGGAACCACCUGCACCUCCUGCCCCCAUGGAGAAAAAACUAACCUUUUUCCCUCACCCUUACUAUUAUGCUCACCCCUACGACCCCAGAGAUGAUCUGUACGACCCGGCCCGCUUCCAGUACCCACAACCGGCCGACGCCCCCGAGGGGCCUGCAGAGGGGGGCAAGUGAACGUCUCUUUAGAUGAAACGAACUGACUCAAAACACCCGUCCAGGGGUUCAGUGUCUCUGUAAAGGAAGCAGCUUUGAUGAGUUGUGAAUAAAAACACACCUGACUGUAUUUAUCAUCACCUGAUUCACUGAUGUGCAAAUUAUGUUUAAGUUGUGAGCCAAUAAAAAAAAAAGAUGAGUGAAAUCA